UCCAAAAUAUUUCAAACCAAACCAAACCACAAUGGACAACUGCCGUAGAACCACCGCCCCUUUCAAGCCAUGGAAGAAAGGCCCGACCCGAGGUAAAGGCGGUCCACAGAACGCAUCAUGUGAGUUCCGUGGUGUCCGCCAAAGAACUUGGGGUAAAUGGGUUGCAGAAAUCCGUGAACCCAAGAAAAGAACCCGAUUAUGGUUGGGUUCUUUUGCUACUGCUGAAGAAGCCGCUAUGGCUUAUGAUGAAGCCGCUAGACGACUUUAUGGGCCAGAUGCUUACCUUAACUUACCUCAUCUUAGGUCCAACUUUAAUCCUUUGAAUAAAUCACAUAAGUUUAAAUGGUUUUCUUCAAAUAAGUUCAUGUCAAUGUUUCCAUCAACGGGUUUGCUUAAUCUUAAUGCACAACCAAGUGUUCAUGUGAUACAUCAAAGACUUCAAGAGCUAAAGAAAACUCAACCAUCUUCGUCUUCUUCAUCGAGCUCAAAUAGUUCGUCUAUUGUUGAUCAAGUUAGCCAGGAACAAGUUCAAGUUACUAGUGAGAAAACCAAUGUCAAAGAAUGCAUUGAAAAGCCUCAAAUCGAUCUCAACGAGUUUUUACAACAAAUUGGAGUGUUGAAGAAAGAUGACCAUCAUAAAGAGAAUGAAUCUUCGGUUUCAAAAGGUGAUGUUGUUGAAGAGUCGAAUUUGGGAGAAGAGGAUUUCAAUUGGGAUGUGUUGAGUGAGCUUCAUGGAUCUAAUGAUCAUCAUUAUCAUAUGUUUGAUGUUCAUGAUCAUGUUCAUGUUCAUGACCAUGAUCAAGAACUAGUAUUGCCUACCACUAUAUGGAAUUUUUAAGAUGGCUUUACAAGAUUAUAUCAAAUUUGACGUAGUAGGAUUCAGAUAAGCCUGUAUAACGUAAUGAAACGAAUAUGAUCAAUCUAUGAACGUACUUAGAGAAAGGGUGCAUCAAUAGAUGUCGUAUGUAAUGAUACACCAUACACCAUAUUAUCGAUCUUUUCGUGAAUGAUAAUUCUAUAAUGGCCAACUUCCUAGCUAGCAUGUCAUUGUAGAGAAAUAUUGAUCAGUCAAUGAAUCAUGUCAAGUGUUUGGAGCUUAGGUUUUGAAGUGAUCAUUGAUACUGGAUUAUACAAUAUGCAUGAGAUGGCUGUUGUAACAUGAGGUAUUUGCAUGUGUUUUAUAACUUUAAAGUUGGUAAUAAACAUU